AUAGAAUAUGAGAGCAAUAAUUAUCGACCAGAAGAAGGAAGAAACGAAAUCCCUUUAAAAUUCGUCGAAUUUACAACAAUAUUUUUCCACUCCGAUUAAUCAGCUUUGGAAUUUCAAUUUCAUUUCCUCUUUUUUAGGUUCAAAAAAGUCAAACAAUUCUCUCAGAUCUGAACAAAUUCGGCUAUUUAUUCCGCAAUUCACUUUUUGAAUUUGCAGGCUGUGAUUUUCUUUUGUCUGAAUUUUCUUCACGUUUGAAACGUGGAAUUGGCAAUUCCUUUUUCCUGCAUAUAAGCAUCAGAAUCUAGGGUUUCCUUGGGUUGUGAUACAGUUGGGGGAUUGGAUUGCCUUUGAUUAUUUUUGUGUGAAAGUUGAUCUGAUCCUCGGUUGGGUGAAGCAAUGGCGGUUCCGACGAUAGCACUGUACGCGAGCCCGCCGAGCAGUGUGUAUUCGACGCCGUACUCUUGUCAGAUCAACUCGCACGCCUCCCACGACUUCGAUUUCAACAGCAGAUCGUCGUCGUCGGCGUCGACGACGACGUCUUCGUCGCAGAAGCCUGCCGUUGGCGGGUUGUCGUGUUUGUUCUCCACGCAGUCGGUGAAGCACGCCUCGUCUUCCUCCAGUUUUUCUAGCGGGACUGAGGAUUUGGGGUCGUUGUGGCAUGAUAGAGGCGAGGAAUUGAGCAGCUCGUUUCGGGGUUCGUCUCUGAGCUCAUCGUUGAAGCGAGAUCAGGGCCAUCACAGCCCUAUGACUGUGCUUCAAGGUCCGGGGAGUAGUAAUGGUAGUGGUGGGAUUGGAGCGUGUUCUAGAAGUCCUUCCAAGAGAAUUGGCGGGGAUUUCUAUUCGUCUCGAUCGGGAAGUGGUGGGUUGUUUAAUGGGUUCGUUAGACACGCACUGGGCUCGUGCGUGGACUACGAUCCGGUGAACUUACAUUUGCGGGAUUCGGAUUCUGCUCCUCCUGGCCUGCUAGAUGAACUCACGUUUAAUAUAGACGAUGGUUUUGGGGAUUCGAAGCUUGAGCCUUAUGCUAAAGAUUUGCUUUUGGAUGCACAAGCAAGGCAUAAGAUAUUUCAUGACGAUCUUGUGGUUAAGGCUUUCUGCGAGGCUGAGAAUGCUCAUAGAGGCCAGAUGCGAGCCAGCGGGGAUCCUUAUUUGCAGCAUUGCGUGGAGACUGCCGUCUUGCUAGCAACUAUUGGAGCUAACUCAACAGUCGUUGCUGCCGGUCUUCUACAUGACACACUUGAUGAUACAUUCGUUACAUACGACUAUAUUUCCUUGUCAUUUGGAGCUGGGGUUGCUGAUUUGGUUGAAGGGGUGUCAAAGCUUAGUCAUUUGAGCAAGCUUGCACGUGAGAAUGACACCGCAAAUAAAAUUGUUGAGGCUGAUCGAUUGCAUACAAUGUUCCUUGCAAUGGCAGAUGCCAGGGCUGUUCUAAUAAAGUUGGCUGAUCGGCUGCAUAAUAUGAUGACCUUGGAUUCUCUACCUAUGAUCAAGCAGCAAAGGUUUGCCAAGGAAACAUUGGAAAUAUUUGCUCCGCUGGCCAAUCGUUUAGGUAUCUCAACUUGGAAGGAGCAGCUCGAGAAUCUUUGUUUCAAGUACCUUAAUCCUGUCCAGCACAAGGAACUAACUUCAAAACUCGUGACAUCCUUUGAUGAGGCCAUGGUUACUUCUGCUGUUGAGAAAUUAGAACGAGCGCUGAAGGAUGAAUCCAUAUCUUAUCAUUCUCUCUCAGGGAGGCACAAAAGCUUGUACAGCAUCCAUCGCAAAAUGUCAAAAAAGAAGCUCAACAUGGAUGAAAUCCACGAUAUUCAUGGCUUGAGGAUAAUUGUUGAAAAUGAGGAAGAUUGUUAUAAAGCAGCAACAGUUGUCCACCAGCUAUGGCCUGAAGUUCCUGGAAAGUUCAAGGACUAUAUUCUGCAUCCCAAGUUCAAUGGGUAUCAAUCCCUGCAUACGGUAGUUACACGAGAAGGCAUGGUACCGCUUGAAGUUCAGAUUAGGACAAAAGAGAUGCACUUGCAAGCAGAGUUCGGUUUUGCAGCUCAUUGGAGAUACAAGGAGGGUGAUUGCAAACAUUCUUCCUUUGUGCUUCAGAUGGUCGAGUGGGCACGUUGGGUCAUAACCUGGCAUUGUGAAGCAAUGAGCAAGGACCAGCCAUCCAUUAGCCAUUCCGACUCCAUCAAGCCACCAUGCAAGUUUCCUUCUCACUCCGAGGAUUGCCCGUUUUCUUGUAUACCCGAGUGUGGGGCUGACGGACCAGUUUAUGUGAUCAUGAUUGAGAACGACAAGAUGUCAGUACAAGAGCUUGCUGCACAUUCGACAGUCAUGGACCUGUUGGAGAAAGCUGGGCGUGGGAGUUCUCGAUGGAUCCCUUAUGGAUUUCCAGUAAAGGAAGAAUUAAGGCCACGGUUGAACCAUAGUCCAAUUAUAGAUCCCACCUGCAAGCUGAAAAUGGGAGAUGUGAUAGAACUCACUCCAGCCAUUCCCGACAAAUCCCUAACAGAAUACAGGGAAGAGAUCCAACGAAGGUAUAAACUGAAACUAGAAAGAAGAAUACAGAGGAGGAGCUUCGUCCAUUUCUAUGUCCAGAAGUAAUGCUGCACAGAAGACUGCCAUGAAAGCACACAUAUGAGCAUGAUCAAGAUCCCUGCAAGUCCCCACGAGGAGCUCCCGAUUCUAAACACCGACGAAGAAUCCGGUGACAGGAAAACCGAUGAUGCCCGUGUCAUGCUCUGGACGGAUGAGGCUGUCUUGAUGGCAACUAUCAGUCCUACGAGCACCGCAGGUAACACUAGUCCACCGGAGCUCCACCUUGUCUCGGCUUUUCCCCGGUCCGUGUACAAUGGAGAAAGCACCACUGCAGAAACCAUGGCCAAAACCAUUGCCACCCCUCUCUGGGAAGAAUUGCUGUGUGCAUAUGAAUCGUAGGUUGCCAUUGUUGAAGGUAUCAAGGAUUCAAGUGUUGGUUUUCUUGGACUGUUUCUAAAGAAUGAAAGCUGAUACUUAGGGAUGACAGUAUUGACACUAA